UUGACAACGUUCUCAUCACAUCCCCUUUUAUAUAGUUUCUUUUCAGAGUUUCAAUGACCAUGAAACCGAGCAUAAGUAUUGUUGUUCUUUUUCUUGAGUUACUGGCCUUAGCAAUCAUCGAUAUUAGCUUCAGCAACAGAAACACCCACUUGAAUUGCAUUGAAAGUGAGAGAGAAGCACUUUUAAGGUUCAAGCAAGAUCUCAAUGAUCCAUCAAACCGGCUUACCUCUUGGAGUGGUGAUGGAGAUUGCUGCACAUGGGAUGGUGUUGUCUGUGACAACUUGACAGGUCAUGUCCUCCAGCUCCACCUUCAAAAUCCUCACAAUGAUUCUGAAGUACGAAGCUUUUGGAGUUCACAAUUAGGCGGUGAAAUCUCAUCCAGUAUUUCGAAUCUGUCUUUUUUGAGUCACUUGAACGUAUCCAACAACAACCUCACGGGGAGGAUUCCUUUGAGCACUCAACUACUAAGUUUUGAUGCAUCUUGUUUUGCUGGCAAUGAACUUUGUGGAGAUCCGCUUCCUAAGAAGUGCACUAAGACGAGUAAUUCAAUGCCAAACCAUGACGAAAGAGGAGAAGAUGGAGAUGAACAUAAAGUGAUCUGGUUUUAUGUAAGCAUGCCAAUUGGAUUUGUGGUGGGCUUCUGGGGUGUAAUUGGUCCUUUGAUUUUCAACAGAAGAUGGAGGUACAAGUAUUGUCAUUUCUUAGAUUUUAUAGGGAACAAACUUUACUAUUUUGUAAAAAAAUGUUGCUAGGUCUUUUAUUUUUCAAGCUAUGUUUGUGUAUGGUUGAAGAGAGAAAUAACUAUUGAAAUAAAGAUGAUGUUUU